CGACCAGCUGUUUCAAGGCGCCCCUGCGAGUCCGUCCAAAGCAAAACAAUACGCGGAAAAACAUAAAAACCGUCAAUAAUCGACUAGUUUCGCGUCUUAUCUUCUGAAAUUUUACUUCUGAUCGAAUUGGUCGUGUCUUUUAAAAAAAUACUAUUUUGGAUACAGCCCAGCUACGGGGUUGUUUAUCUGUAGUAAGGGGAACUUGAAACCGUCCUUGCCCCAUGUCCUCGGUUGUUUUUCUUCUUUCGCCUGGAUUCUCCAUGUUGUUGGAGAAAAAGUGAGGGCUUUACUUAGACUAGAGGGGGCUAUGGAUAAAUAUACAAGCGAUAACGUAAACCGAGACGCGAAGCCUAGAAAAUAGCAGAUAAGAGAAAACAAAACAAAGUGUCAUGCCCCUCCCAUGUGGAAGAGAAUAGAAGGCGGGAAUAAAUAAAUAUCAAAAUAUUUUGUCGCCGUAGGUUUGAGAUAUUUUUGCGCGAACGGAAAUUAUUCAUUUCAAGCCUCGCUAGCUUUUAAUGCCACUAAAUGCGGGCCGACUGUGUGUCGCUGGAAAAGGUUGGUUGGACGUUGAGGGCUGCGCGUUUGUUAGAUGGAAAGUUCUAUCAUCACUCAAGUGCAGAGAGAGGAUUCUCGGUUGUCUUCGAAAACAGAUCAGGUGAAUAAAAGCUCGCCUCAGAAACCUGGGAGUAGGAAUAUCUUCAAAAAGCUCAUCUGUUGCCUUCGAGCUCAAGAUGCCCAACUGCCAACAUCACCUACCCAUGAUGCCUUGCUAGCACCUGAGGACAAUGGGACCAUUGCCAAAAUACCAGGAGAGUGUCUACUGCCAGCAGUGACCUCUCAGGACCAGGGGAAGAUCUGUGUGGUCAUAGAUCUGGAUGAAACACUGGUGCAUAGCUCCUUUAAGCCAAUAAGCAAUGCAGAUUUCAUUGUGCCUGUGGAGAUUGAGGGGACCACACACCAGGUGUAUGUGUUGAAGAGGCCAUACGUGGAUGAGUUCCUCCAGAGGAUGGGAGAACUGUUUGAAUGUGUUCUGUUCACAGCCAGCCUUGCUAAGUAUGCAGACCCUGUGACUGACCUGCUGGAUCAGUGUGGUGUGUUCCGCACACGCCUCUUCCGUGAAUCUUGCGUCUUCUAUCAAGGCUGCUAUGUUAAAGACCUGAGUCGCCUCGGCCGUGAGCUCCACAAAACCCUGAUCCUGGACAACUCCCCUGCCUCCUACAUAUUCCACCCCGAGAAUGCUGUUCCUGUACUGUCCUGGUUUGAUGAUUCAGAGGACAAUGAGCUGCUUCACCUCAUCCCAGUAUUUGAAGAGUUAAGUCAGGCUGAUGAUGUCUACUGCAGACUCGAACAACUCAGGGCUCCAUAAUCCCUACACCACCAGACCAGGACAAACCUCCAUGUUGUGUAGCACUGACUGCCAAUCACACGCGAGCGGCUCAUAUGACAUGAGACUCCGCCUUCUGACCUGAAAACAAACACGAAAGCUCAUAAUUCUGCUUAAGGUUUGAAAACAGAUAGAACAGAAGCCAGCUUUGUCUCUGAGCUUGAGUUCUGCAAUAACAAUUUACAGAUUUUAUAUUCCUUUUUUACUUUUCUAUUUUUUGUUAUCAGCAUUUUUUUACAUUUAAAAUGACAUUAUUUGGGAGAUUAAAACAGUUCAGAAAGCAGGUCAUCCGUAAUCUGCAAUUGUGUUAUACAGCUCAACAAAUAACAAAGCACAAUACACUUUCAGGCCAGUCUUUCUAUGCAAAGUCAUACCUGAACUCAACCAUUUUAAUCUUCAACAUUCAUAUUCAUACUUUAAAGAAAAACUAGUGUUUCUUAUGUAUUCCACAGGAAUACACAUCGUCUUAUCCAACAUGCUAUGCAUACUUUUUCCAUAAAUGCAAAUGUGACACCAAGCACCCAUUCGUCCUUGUUUCUGAUCAGUCUUAUUACUUCACACAAGGCCUUGUUUAAGCUGCAAUUUUUUACUGUUGCUGAGGUGCGUUAAAAUGCCAUUACUUAAAAAAAAAUACCUGUUUUUAACACAGUUUUAUUUGAAUUACAACUACAUGCUUAUCUUGACACUUCCUGUAUUCAGUCUUAAAGUGGCCUUAUGUCUGCUUCAAGUGUACAUGAUGGGGUUUUAUGAUACGCGAGGUGCAGAAUUAACAUCACAGAAUGAACCAAAGAGAUUUAUCUUGUUCAGUAAUUGUCUUUCUCUCUGCUGUAUUUAUGCAGACAAUUACUUGUACUGUCAUCUAUGUGUAUAUUUGGUUGAACUUGAAUUGUCCAUCUUUGUAUGAUACUCUGUCGACAAGGACCACACGCUCCACCUCUGUACUUUAUCUUAUUUAAACAUGAUCAUGUUUUUUAUAUUAUAAGUUGUUUUUACUGUAGCACAAAUAUUCAAAAUGGCCGUUUUAUAAAAAAAAAAAAAAAAAAAGGGCAGAUUGUUGUCUUUAAAAAAAAAAAAAAAAAAAACCUGAUAAGAUCUGUGUUGCUACGUUUUUGACUUUUGUAUUUGCAACAAUAAAUUUUUCUGUGGAACAUUA